GGGCGCCUUGAAUUAAAAGUGGAGACGUUCCCUGAAGGGUUCCUCGGGGACGGCACGUGGGUUAAUUGCUGCCGAAGCCCCGCUCUCUGCCCACUCACCGCUCCGCUAACGCAGAGGAGGUGACACUAAUGAGGGAGGGACACACACUGCUUCUCCAGGGCUGGAGGUCAGCUGGGGAAGGGUUUGUCACCGCAGCUGCUUAAGGGACAGUGUCGUGACCAUGAGCUUCUCCCCGGGUCCGUUCGGUCCCUACGGGGGAACCAGUAUUCAGGAGCAGCGGGACCGCUGGGAGAGGAAACGCAGCCGGACGGCCAAAGAGUUGGUGCUGACGGAGCAACGCUACUGCCAACAGCUGGAGCUGGUCACCACUUACUUUGUGGAGAUCUUAAAGGCCAAAGGAACCCUGAAGCCGGACAUAAGCGAAGGCAUCUUCAGUUCAAUUAAAGCCAUUCAUUCAGUAAACCAAUCUCUGCUCGUCCAUUUGGAGAACGGCUACUUUGGCCGAGGCUUCGACCAGAUGCGUCCACAUCUGCACCACUACGACACGUACGCGGACAACCUCUACAAUGGCCGCCGAGUGCUCGGGAGCCAGCUGAAGAAGAACAAGGCCUUCAGACGCUUUAAGAAGCUCCAGGAAGCCCGGCCGGAGUUCAACAACCUCACGCUCGAGGAUUUGCUUCGACUUCCCGUUCAGCGGAUCGAUCAGUACAAACAUUUCCUCGAGGACCUGACCGCCAACACGAGUCCAGACCACCCGGAGUUUCAGCAGCUUUCAAGCGCGGUGACCGCGGUGGACGGCGUGUUCCGGCGUAUCCAAAAGAACGGCCGGUGCCACGAGAACCACCUGCAGCUGUGCCGGGUGCAGAAACUGCUGAAGGGGCAAAAGACGAAGUUGUCGGCGCCAGGCCGGUGGUACGUCCGCGAGGGCUGGCUGAAGGUGGUUCCUCGUAGAGGCACGGACGCCAAGCCCAGAAUGUUCUUCCUGUUCUCCGACAUGCUGCUGCAGGCCAAGCGCUGCAGUCCGCUGCAACUCGCCGACGGGGACAAGUUGGCCGGGCAGCGCGCCUUCCCCCUGCAGGACUGCACCGUGGAGAAGGUGUUCGGCCACACCCGGAGCCAGGGAGGCCUGCUGAGCCUAACCUUCCCCAAAGCCAAACUCCUGCUGAUGUCCUGCAACCAGGAGGAUCUCAACGACUGGCACCAGAGCCUGAGCUCGGCUAUCGGGAAGCUGCAGCCGCAGCAGCCGCUCGUGGUCCAUCAGAGAGACGAGUUGUGCCGGAGACCUCUCCGCCCGGCCGCCGAGGGCCACGACACGCCGAGCGGCAGCAGGAAGAGGAACAUGGUGAGCACUGAGCCCACUGAGCCCACUGAGCAUGCUCAGAAGCCUCCGGGUCAGUGGGCGGCCAGCGCCCCCAAGAGGAUGAAGCCGUGCGGCGCUCCGGAGCUCAGCAGUGCGGCGGAGGAGUCCACCUCCAGCUGUGUGCUCCUCUGAUGGACUCCAGUCGGCGAUGAUCCUGCUCCGUCUGUCCGAGUUUAACUUCAGACCCACUUUCUGCUGACGUGGAUUAUUAAUAUUAUAAUUAUUAAUCACGGCGUCUUCUGCUCCUUCUGCCGCUUUAACCACCGGAUACACGGCGAUGGCGCCCGCCUCCAUUUACAACGUGACGCCAACAGCUGCUGCGCCGCGCUCGUUUUGGGGCGGUACCUGAAUGCACCACUCUGCCAGUCCUGUCCCAGUCUUGGUUUUCCGAUGCAUUUACAGGUUUUGGAUGAACUAUCCAUACAUACAUGACGGGAAAAGACCCCAAAUUAGCCGGUUACAGGUGAACCCCAGCGCUAGUUUAGGAUUAUCAAUGGAAAUAUGUAUUUGUUGCCAAAGACCCUUUAAAAAAAAUAAUGUUUUCACUCCUAUUUCAUGUUGUCAUCGAGGCUGUUUGACCUCCUCACCUUUGGGCCAGUGGGAAAAACACGAUUAUGAAAUAAAUAGACACGUCUUUAUUUUCAAAUAUCAGUAGCUAUGAUGGACUAUUGUAUUGAUUACUAUCUUAUAAUAUCUUGUUUUUUUAUAUAUAUAUUAUAACCAUAAUUAUAACUGGGAAUAUAUUCUUCCAAUUUGAGGUGGAUGGAUGGUCGUCUUGAGAAACUAGCAGAUUAAAUAAUCCACAUGAACGGUUUAGGGAUGUUUAUCUCCACAUGAUCCACAUGGACUGGACCAGGUCCUGGACUAGACCAGGUCAUGUGGGUUCAUCUCCAAGCCCCGCCUCCUUCACUCCGCUGUUACCGCCUCACACCAUCCUCUGUUCAAAUGUACAACUCUUGAAGUUUCUGAUGUUAUUGUUUUACUUGCCAGGUAUAGAGACACUCCUCACUGUUGUGUGUGUGUGUGUGAGACACUGUGAUGAGGUGUUGUUGUUGUUGUGAUCAUAGUUAACGGGAUGAGUGCAUUUAAUCAGCUGCAUUCAUCCAGAGAUGAUUUAUAUGAAUCUGAAUCCAGGCGAGAAACCCUGGUGACCAGAUGUAAAGAGCUAGAUGUUUUUAUCACAUUAUUUGUCCUUCGUUGCAUCUUUUAUCAACCAAUCAACAAACGCGUGCCUCUCUUCUGCGUUUUAUUAGCUCUGUUUUAUCAUGUUGCUGAUCUCGUGUGUAUUUUACAGAUCAUGUUGCUCAUGAAAGCUUUUACACGGCUCACCGAUCAUGAAUGGAGACGGACGUCAUUAAAAUGUCCCCAAUAAAACUCUAAAGACGU